UUGUUUUUUUUUUUUUUCUUUCCUUCUGUUUUUUUCUUCCCCCUGAGGGGAGCUGGUCCCUGGUCAUGCCCCAGAGAAUCUGGACAAGACAAACUGGACUCUGUGGGUUAUUUUCUCAAAGGAGAAUAUGGAGUGGUGGUGAGAGAUCUGGAGAGGUUAGAGGUUAGAGGUUAGAGGGCAGAGUGGAGGGGUGAAUGAGGUCAAAACACUGAGAUGCUCAGGCUUAACAGAAAACAUCUGAGAAGAACUGAGAAACAAAAGUAAACAAUGACAGCUUAAAAGUUAGUUACUGUAAAUCCUGGUUGUUUGUGUUUGUUGUUUUGUUUCUGAGACAUGGUCUCAGCUCCAGCUCCUCUCAGCUCACGAUGUAACUCAGGCUUGCCUUGAACUUUUGGCUCUCCACCCCCACCUCCUUUUCAACCCCUAAAUGCGGGGAUUACGCUCAUGGGUCACAGCACCCGGUUUAUUGGAAAUAUUCAGAUUAUAAAAGAUCAAAUUAGUUAACCCUGAAAGAAAUAUGCCCAUUUAGUACUUUGUCAAAGAAAGCAGGAUACCAUGGCUUCUACAGUGUCAUGAAGAUCUGGUUCAAACACACCUGCUCUGGCUGCCCACCCUGGGCUUCUUCUGCUCCUCCCUCUCUACCCGGCUUCGUGCUCUGUUCCUGGAGUACCCCCCCCCCCCCACCCCUCACCCCUGGCCUCCUGCUCUGGUUUUGGGGUCCUCCCUGGUUUUACCUCCCUUCCCCAACCUUGGCCUCAUGCUGUGACACUACCCAAGUGGGCUCUGCCAGCCCUGCCUCACCAUCCUUCCGGAGGCAGCAGCUCCGUCCGCACUUCUGCCCAGUGUUCUCCGAGUAGUACUUGAGGAACUGGGCCCCCAGCCUCUGAGACUCCUCCAAGUCCAAGAGCAGCCCCGGGAAGCGGCGGAUCCAGCAAUCUCUGUAGAACACAGUAGGUGAGCAGAGCCCGUGCACUGUGCUAGCUAGCCCUAGCAGAAGCAGCAGCAGCAGCCCCGCCGCCCGCAUCUCUCGCUGUUGAAGGGAGGGGGCUGGAGCUGAGCAUGGGCUGCUAGGGUUGCAAGGGGUGUCUUUCUGCACCGGCGGCUCCGCACCUUUUUUGUUCCUUCCCAGUUGGGCCCCGGGAGAGCGCUGGCGCUGCUGCCUUGUCUGUGAACCCUGUCCAGCAAGUUUCGGUGUUCUGACCCUGACCCUUCCUCUCUUGAAGACGGGAAUGCUCCCCUCAGCUUUUCUUCUUUGUCUAGAAGUGAGGAGUCACAGACACCUUUUUCUAGGCAGGCAUAAAGGUCAGGAGAAACUAACCCGGAGCCCUACUGAGAAAAACAAUUACCUAGUCUCUUGACAUCAGAUUAAGAGAGGCUCUGUUUUCAGAAACAACACAUUGUUUUGUGAGGUGUUCUCUAUAGGCUUAAGAGCUGAUGACGAUUGCAUUUUUCCCCCCUAAGUUUGUUGUUCAGACUCCAGAGAAAACCAGUUCGUGUACUCGUUUGACUUUUUAUUAUUUAAAAAAAAAUAAAACUUGAAAGGAAAAAGUAGAAAUAUAUUUAAAAUGCUCAAUUUUGCCACAACUGCAAACCGAAGUCGUUUUCUUCUAAGUCUAAAAGAAACUAAGGAUUCAACCCACUGACCCCAAUUCAGCAUGUUCAUAAUGAAGGGAAAAUGUGACAGCUUUUAGAGGUCAUAUGGCUCCAUCCCCAGUAACUCCACGUAAAGUAAGAGAAUAGAGCCAGUGCCACGUACCUGCCUCCCUGCUGAACAUCACGCGUGUGCAUACAUCUCACACCAUGACACCCGUGUGGUAGGCAGAGACAACUUGCUAGCGCUGGGUUCUUCUGCUCCCACAUGGUUCUGAGGUUCAAACUCAGGAGUCCUCAGCAAGCAGUUUGAUCUGCCCAGCCAACAGUUUGAUUUGGACAGCUGGACCUUAUUUCUACUCUCUCUGUCCCUCUCCCCUCCUCCCUCCCUCUUCCCCUCCAUCUUUUCUCCAGACAGGGUUUCUCUGUGUAGCCCUGACUGGCCUCGAACUAAGAUCAGCCUGCCUCUGCCUCCUGGAUGCUGUGACUAAAGUUGUGGGCCACCACCACCCAUUGUUAGGAUUCUUUCUGGUUUGGGUGCUGUCAUGGAGGCCCAGGAUCUUGUGUGUGCUGGAUAAAUGUUCCCUCUGAGCUGGGAACACUGACCUUGAGAGACAGUCACUUUCAACCGAUAUGGUUUUGAGACAUAGUAUCAUAGUGCAGGUGUGGCUAGCCUGGGACUUGUUAUGUAGACCAGGCUGGCCUUAAACUCAGAUCUGACUGCCUCUGCCACCUAAAUUCUGGAAUUAAAGGUGUGUGCCUCAUGGCUCAGUUUGCCAGAGAAGUGUUUUCUUGACCCCAGGUAUAUAGCAGAUGCAUAAAUCAGACAGUCACUGAUGGUUUACCACAAAGAAUUUUAUUUUAAACAAUUCUUUGAUAUGUAUAGAAUUUUACCAUUUAUUAAGACAAAGUUUGUAUGCUAAUGAUAUGGAUGUGCUUGUUAAUUUGCAUAAAUUUUUUAGAAUUAAUUUACUCUGACAAUUUCACACAUGUAUAUAAAGUAUCUGGAGCAUACCCUCCCCUGAUUAGUUCCUCCCCCAAACACUUCUAGUGAACAUCCCCUCCCUACUUCAGGCCCUCUAUGGCCUCUCUCUCUCUCUCUCUCUCUCUCUCUCUCUCUCUCUCUCUCUCUCUCGUAAUCCUACUGGAAUGUUGAUCGUUCUUCUUGUUGGUUAUCUAGUGUAGACUACAGUUCUGUGAGCUCAUGAGUGUGAUCGCUGCUUCAUGUGCAGAAGACACAUUCCACAGCACUCCUCCCUACCCCCCCACCCUUACGUGCUUUUAGCCCCUUUUUUUUCAUGUUGUUCUUGAGCUUGUGGGGAGGGGUUGCUGCAGAAGUCUGAUUAGGGCUGUUAGUCACAUGUUCCCAGCACUUUGAUGAGCUCUCUGCUCACCAGAGACAGAGACUUCUUGGGCCAAGGCAGCACUGAUCUGUGGAUAUGAGCACAAGUAUUCAGGAAGUAACUUGACAACAUAUUCAUUUAGCAAAGCAACAGUGGUGCGCUCUCCUAGGGCUAUGACCUCCCAGGCUGUAGGCCUUUGAGCACAAAUUGUCAGUGUCUAAUGACCAAUGACAGCUCCAUGUACUCAAUAUGAUGACACUGAGCAAUGCAUUCACGAAGCCUUGAAACUAUAGUUCGCUACUUUGUAACAAAGGAGUUUAUAUGUGUUUGUCUUUAUGCCCAGCUUUCUAGAACACUGUGUGGCUUACUAAGAUCAUUGGAUCUUUUAAGACGCCCCACUAUAUUGUCAGGUGUCAAAACCUUGCAGGACCAGUGCCCAGUGUUGUCAGGUAACACUUCAGAUUCCAGUCCAGCUGACCUCACUGUGGUAAUGUGACCCUGGUUGAAUUGCCUCUCUAAUGAGAAUCAUUCUCAAAGGUUGGCUUUCUGGUUUGUUUUAAAAGGCAAGAGAAUACCAGUUGAAGGCGUGUCUCUGGUCUGCAAACAAAACUUCCAUUGGUAAAGAUUCUAAAGAGCCAGAGACUAAGAGCCUGUUCUUCUGGUGACUCACUGAAUCCUGCCUUGUUGCUGAUGGAGGCUCAGACAGAGCCUGGUCCAGCCUCUUUGAAGUCGGCCUUCCCAGAAGCCCCCAGACCAAUGUCUAAUGGUAGCCGUGGCACGUUGCCUUGCUGUAGUCUACUAGAUCCUUGCCUCUCACCUGAAACCCUCCUCAUACCCCAAACACCAAGAGUGACGGAUGGGGAACAGAAACCUGCCAAGAACGAUUCCAGGCCUGUCAAUCACAGGGCAGUUAGUGUCCUGAGUUUUUCAGAGUGUCCAAGAAAGUAACGAAGUAUAGCAAACCCCAGGUCCGUGUGUUGUGUCUCUUUCCCAUAGGAAGGCAGAAUCCUGAUAGGAUGUUCUCUGUACUUCGUAGCUCCUUACCCUUGCGUGUAUUCUGCAGACUAUAAUGACUUACAGCCCCCUCUUGGUGAAGCAGCCGACAGAUAUAGUAAUACUGAGGAAUGCAAGCUGGGACAUCAUGGGGCAGACACCAUGCUUCACUACAGACCUUGGAAUCCAGCCUUCCAACCAAGUGUCCCGCAAAGGAACACAGGAAAAAUGUCCUUUCCCAACAGCUAUGGCAGGGAUGGGGGUAGGUUGGGAUGAGAAUGGGAAAGUGCUACCCAGAGGGGACAAUCAUCUCCAUCCACUUGCCCCUUUUGCUGCCAUCUCUGGUGCUGGGGUCUGAACUCUCUCUGGAGCCCCCUCCAAGCCACUGCCUGCCUUCCUGUCUGUCUGCAGGACCGGUAGUCACUGCAAGACUGUCUGUCCUGUCCAUGGAGUUGAUAACUCUUCUAACAAAUUCGUUAGCCCCAGAAAUCCGUUAUUGCACCUUUGAAUCACACUGCAGGUGCAAAAUCUCUCAGUACUGACUGGCCUAGGAAAACUCACACAGGCAGGGACUGUGGGGCUGCGGGAAACACCAGAAGAUCAAGUACAAUGACUUUUGCGCAGGGGGAGAGCACCGCGAACCGACACGUUUGUUUGUAUCCUAACAUUGCUUGACAGUGGUUAAGAGUGCAUACUGCUGCUGCGGAGGACAGGAGGACUCGGCUUCCGCGUAGGGCAGCUUACAACCGUCUUUACCUCAGGCUGCAAGGUGAUCUGCCGCCUUCGGCUUCCCGGCACCUGCAUUCACGCGUACGAACCCACACAGACACAAGGAUUAUAGACUCAGAGAGGCCGUUUACUUCGAGGGCGCGUGACGCACCGGCGGGGCUGAGCCCAGGGCCCCGAGCGGCGGAAGGAAGGAAGCGCUAGCGCAGGCCGGGCUCCGCGGAGGCUGUGCGCCCGGGGGAGGAGCCUGAGCAGCCGGGCGGCGGGCGCAGCGGCCCAGCCAUGUCGGCCGAGGAGAUGGUGCAGAUCCGCCUGGAAGACCGCUGCUACCCGGUGAGCAAGAGCAAAUUGAUCGAACAGAGCGACUACUUCCGCGCUCUCUACCGCUCCGGCAUGCGCGAGGCCGUGCGGCCCGAGGUAUGAGGAGACCACAGAGCGCUGGUUCCCCCUGGCCAACAACCUGCCCCCCGACCUGGUGAACGUCAGGGGCUACGGCUCAGCCAUCUUGGACAACUACCUCUUCAUCGUGGGUGGUUACAGGAUCACCAGCCAGGAGAUCUCGGCCGCACACUCCUACAAUCCCACCACCAACGAGUGGCUGCAGGUGGCUUCCAUGAACCAGAAGCGAUCUAACUUCAAACUUGUGGCUGUCAAUUCGAAGCUUUACGCCAUCGGCGGGCAGGCCGUUUCUAACGUGGAGUGCUAUAACCCCGAACAAGAUGCGUGGAAUUUUGUGGCUCCCCUGCCGAACCCUCUGGCUGAGUUCUCUGCGUGCGAGUGCAAGGGGAAGAUUUAUGUCAUCGGUGGAUAUACUACCCGAGAUCGCAACAUGAACAUCCUGCAGUACUGCCCCUCCGCUGACCUCUGGACGCUGUUUGAGACCUGCGACGUCCAUAUCCGCAAGCAGCAGAUGGUGUCCGUGGAGGAGACCAUCUACAUCGUGGGCGGGUGUCUCCACGAACUGGGGUCCAACCGCAGGAGCAGUCAGAGCGAGGACAUGCUCACCGUGCAGUCCUACAACACGGAAACUCGGCAGUGGCUCUACCUGAAGGAGAACACGUCCAAAUCAGGCCUGAACUUGACGUGCGCACUACACAAUGACGGCAUCUACAUUAUGAGCAGGGACGUCACCCUGUCCACCAGCUUGGAGCACCGAGUGUUUCUCAAGUACAACAUCUUUGCGGACAGCUGGGAAGCCUUCAGGCGGUUCCCAGCCUUCGGACACAACUUGUUGAUUUCCUCUCUCUAUCUGCCCAAUAAAGCAGAGACCUGACUGAUUCAACAGUACUUAAAAGAAAAAUCUGGUUCAAGGGGGGAAAAAAACGAAAGGCAAGCCUUUGAAAUAUGGACUCCUGAAGAGACAAAGUGGGCUAACGUAGGUCAAGUGGGGAGGACGGCUCUGCUGUAAAUAAGCUUCCUUGAGCUAGUUACUUGAAAACGUGGGGUAAAGAGACCAACCGUAUUCUUUCCAGAUUGUUUUUUUGUACCAUGGGAACAAAUGUCACGAAAAGUAUUCAACCAAACCGAAGCAGUCUUGGGCCAACAACUAAAACCCACCCUUAAAAGUAGACUGCCGGGGUCUGCUUUGAACGGGUCGAGGUCAGUAGCUAAGAUCACAGUAGCAAUGGCUUUCUUCUGUGUUUUUCCCGUUGGGAAUGGAACCCAGGGCCUCACGCGAGUCCCGAAAGGAUGACUUUAAAGACACUUGCUUCAGGUCACCUGCGAUCUCGUCAGUAUGGACUUUUCCUUUUGGUGAUCAGCGUUUGACAAGCUUUAGGAUCCGCCCACCUCUAGUCUCCUGUUCCCUGUCACCCAGGCUCUCUGGGCAGACAUUUUAUCCUAUAUUUGCUUUCAGAAACCCCGACGGGCGUGUCCAACCUUUUGACAUUUAGAAAUUAUCAUUCUUUAACUUUGUGCACACUUGAGUUACCUUAAAAAAAAACAAGCCUCUUAAUGCUCUAAGUAAGUUCCUGACGCUGUGUUGGCUGCUACAUAGCUUUCCUUGGGGCCCACAAGCUGCAGUUGCCUUGCCUGCUACAGAGAUAGAGCCAGACAGAAUCCACACAGGCAGCCCGUCCAUCCAAAAACAUGGAGAGACACCUCCUCAGCCUUUCCAGUCUUUGUGCAAUUGAGAAUGCUGUGUAAGGCAGACUUACCUCUUAUCUCGUGUGUGGCAGAUGAGGGCUCUGUUCUUAGGAGAGUGCUAUAAACAUUUUAUAAGCUGAGUCUUAAGGGAGAGGGAGUACUGCGUAAGGAAAGAUGCCUUUGUGAGUUACUUUUAUUGAAUAUAUGUGACUUAGUUCUUGUUUCAAGACAAAAAAAAAAAAAACCCACCCCAACUUUUGCACAUUUCCACCAAGUUUCCUCCUAGCUUGGUCUUAGCCUUAGAUACAUAGCUGUGUUUUGCCUUUUUAAGGGAAUGGUGACUUUAGCUGAUGUGGUGCUAGAAAGCAGGGGAGAUGUUCUUUACAGACGUGGGAUGGCCUCUGCUGGCAUUUCUGAAUUGAAGUGAGGUGCUGGCCUCACAGCUCUCCUGCCAACUGCGGUGAGUAGCCUAAGGACCUGUCAAUCAUGGGCCUGUGUUUCUUAAAAGACUCAAGGGCCCACUUAGCGUGCACAAGAGGCCCCUGGGUUUAAUCUCCAGCACUUACAGCAACAGCAACAAGGUCCUCACCUACAGGGAUUUUGAUUGAAGAGCUGCUAUCUUGUAGUGGAGUCAGCUAAAGGAACCACACCAGCUGCAGGCAGCCGCCUUGCAUAUUUAAGUAUGCUCCAUAGAAAAAUAAUUAGAAUUACAGGCAGAUUUUCUCCCAGUUCCUUGCACAGCUGCUCACCUGGUGGCUGGGUGUGGGGGAGGGAAGCUGACCCCGAGUAGGUCUUCAGUGUCGAUGAGGGAGUCACUUCAGGGUUUCUUUAUAGCCAUGCCUCUAAUACAGCCUUAGAGCCUAGUUAUAAAACUCUUACUUGCACAACUGUUUAGCAGCUCAGUCUUUAUUUGAGGGAUGGUGACGGUUCUUAGUGUCUUGUCAGGAUCCAAUCAACCUGCUUACAAUGCUGUUGGAAGCUUAUAGGCCAUUUCCAGCCACAUCUGUUUUCAAACACUAAGUCUGUUUCUCUCUCUCUCUCUCUCUCUCUCUCUCUCUCUCUCUCUCUCUCUCUCAUUUUUUCCUCUUAAGACAGGGUAUUGCCUUACAAUCCAGGACAACUCCAAACUGGAGAAUCUCUCACCUCAGCCUCCUAAGUGCUGGGACUGCACGUCUCUUGCUAUUGUGCCUGCCUUUAUGUAUUAGUUUUCAAACUGUUUUUCUGGGUUCUUUAAAAAAUACAAAACAAAACAAAAAAACAAAAACUCUGAACUGAAAUCUUCACCAAUAUGGUACAAUGGAUUUAAUUUAUAUUCACUGUGGAAUUGAAUUUUGGGGAGUCUGUAAUUUCAUUACUGCACUUUAAAAUCUAACUUACGUUUGUUCCUAUGCAUCCUCAUUGCACGCAGCCCAGUCCUGAGUUUUCAGAGGAGACUGGAAGUUGAGUUAGCAGUGGACAAAGAAGGGCAAUUGUCUUGUGAAAAGCCACAUCUUAAAAGCACAUUAUGGUGUCUACCUGUUGACUAGUUCUCUUCCUGAUAGCCAUCUUUGGACAUAUUUCCUAACGCCAGCAACUAGAUUCUUGGACCAGAUGAAGUUGUAACACUGACAUCCAGGAAGCUCUCACCCAGACUUGACAUGUAGCCAGUGUGCAGGACAUGGCUAUGAGGGUUUAGAUGCACAGACUCCCAACAGAAGUUUGUUGUUCUUGCUGCCAGCUAUGCUUGGAGAAGAGUCGUGUCAUGGAACUGGAUGGGUUUUAGGACAUCUGUCCGCCUGUGCCCUUUACCUGUCUGGGCAUUCUGGGGGCACUUGGAGUUCAACUGGUGCCAAUUGCAGGCUUCAGCCAGGAUGAUAGCAUUGGUUGAAAACCUUCCCUUCCUCGGGCAACUCCUUCUGUGAUACUUUGUAUUUUCUUCCCAUUCUCUGUUGCCUUAUCCACCCUCGGAUGCUUCUGAGGGGUUCUGACUCCCACUGUGUAACAGGCAGCGUCAGGGAGUAUCCUCAUGGGAGCUGCCUGCCGACUGUGCACUCCUAUUCCGAGAGGCUUCUUCCCUUGGCACCAGACAGGUUCUGAGAUGACUGUGUAAGAACCCAUAACUUCUGCAGCCUGGGCUAAGAUAUACUGUCAACCUAGAAGACUGGGGAUGCUGGCAAGAAACAGAAAAGGCUUAAGAUUAAUCGUGAAACCAAAGAGACUUUGACCCCUGUUUUCUGAUGUUUCUAUAGCCAAGAACCCAUCGAUUUUAAAUGCGUUAGGUUUCCAUUCAAGCAGAGUGAAGGAGAGGAUACUUUAGCUCUAUACUGGAGGACAGAGGAAAAUAUUUCUUUUUAAUAAACAGUUAUUUAUAGAUCAUUAGGGCUUCAGUCCUCAGAUUUCCAGGUAAAGUUACAAGCCUGUUUGGCCAAAGAGGAAAAUAGAAGGAGCCCUGAUGUCUUUGUCAAGGUGUUUCAUGAGCUUCGCUUAGCACUGCUGAUCUAAGGGGCUUCACAGCAAAAUGGAACAUGCUGAAGGCUGCCUCGUCCUUACACAGGAGUGCAGAGUCUGUGUGUAUACUCUCUCUCUCAGGAGGCCUGUCAAUCAGGGCUACCCGAUAUCCCUGCCAGCCCACAGAGUGAAGUGAAUACCAGUUCCCACCCUGCUUCAGAGAUAGUCUGUGUGAAAGGAGCUGCGAUCUCUGGAAGCAGUGCACUACAUCAACUUCCUUCCUUGGUGACCAGAAACAUUGAGUGUUGGUGUGACACAGAGCUUAGUCUGGGGACACCGACUGAGCCCCUGACCCUGUGACAAUGUGUUCUCAUUUCAGCCACCUGGGGGUCAGAGAUGCCUGCUUUAGUCAGGCACAGUGGGCUCGGUCUGGUGUCCCAAUCUGCCCACUGCCUUGUGAUUUAGUAAUAAUCCCAGGAGCUUGUUUGUCCUUAAAUCCGAACGUCAUAGCCUAUGCUUCAGUUUUUUUUUUUUUUUUUUUUACUGUGCGCUUUUAUUUUAAAAGUUAACUACUUUUUAUAAUCCUUGCACUUCGCAGUUUGUGAAAACACAGAAAUGAUGUUGAAUAUGUUUUUAUUUAGAACUCACUCAGCACUGUAGCCCUGCAGAUGGUUCUAAAGAAGGAGGAGGGAGAGCAGGUAAAGAUUUGGCACGAGCAAGCUCAGUGCUGAUACAUUUAUGCCUUUGCCUUUAAAACUUUCGGGUGGAAGAACUGAACAAUGCUCCCUUGGAUACUUUGUUACUGGGCUUGGUUGAGUUUGCCUUGCUGCUGACUGUUGAGUGGUUUCCAUCCUGGGUUUAGUACACGUGUUUGCUUUUCACUUUCAUCAGUUUGGGAACACAACAGGAAAUAUAUAGUGACUGCUAGCUGCCACUUGACAUAGCCAUAUUCACCCAUUCCUACAGGAAGCCCAUGAGAUGAAAAAGAGGGUCCAUUCCGAAGAGCCCAGGGUGCUCAGUGUUUCCGUAGGGCUGCUUGGUGCUUUCCAUAGCGUGUCACUGGCAAAGCAAAGGAAAAUGUGAUUUGUUGUAUCACUUCAGGGUGGGAUGUUUCUCUGUCCCUCCAGUGUUUUCUUACCUAGUUAUUUUUUAUGGAAAAGGAUAAUUCUCGAAUUAUACUCUGUUAUGACUAACACUUUUCUUCGUUUGAAAGAUUGUACUGAGUCCAUAGUUUGGAGUAUGGCAUUCACACACACACACACACACACACACACACACACACACACACACACACACACACACACACAUCAGCAUUGUCGCAUAUCCAUAACAGUGUUUGCGCUUCUGACACCUGUGAACCACGGAGCUGUGUUCAUUUUGUCUUUUUGGACGAUGGAAGGAAAUGUGUUCAAAUAAAAUAGCUCUCAAUCA